UGUGUCAAUAUCAUUUAUUGUAUAGCCUGUCAUUACCAGAAAUCAGCAUAUGAAAUCAGCAUUUAGAUGAUGGCUCGUCAACUCUUGUGUAACCCUUUACAUUAUGUGGAAGUUAUGAAACACAAGUACCCGGAGAAGCUGACUGAGUGGUGCUGCACUGAGCUGUCAAACUUGCUGGACUUCAAUGGACCAGUGGGCCUAGGACAGAUCUUGGCUGGAAAAGUUGAUGUACGGCAGGGAAAGACAAUUGUUAAGAAAUUCCAGAAGAAUAAGAAAAAGGGAACAAGUUCUACAGGUGUGUUUGGAGCACCUUUAACAGAGGAAGGGUAUUGUCAUGCCCGUCUGCUUAUAGAGUUUUUGAAGCAAUAUGUAACAAAAGAAGGUAUAUUCCGAGUCCCCGGCAACUCUGAGAGGCAAAGGUUGCUAAAGGAAAAGAUUAACUCAGGUGUUGUUAUUGAUCUGGACAGUGAUCGAUUUACUCCGCAUGAUGUUGCAUGUGUACUUAAGACAUUCCUUGGGGAUUUGCCGGAACCCUUACUGACAGACCGGCAUUACACCGCUCAUGUUCAAGCAGCAGAAUUAACUUACAAGAUGCACGAGCAGUUCAAAAGCAGUGAUCCGGCCAUGCGGAAGAAACUGUAUGAGAAGCGCAGGACCGAACACAUAAUGGCAGUUACAAAUCUCAUGUUAAUGCUUCCGGUCAACAACUACAAGCUGAUGAAAGAUCUUCUGGAUCUCCUCCAUCAAAUCACAGAAGAACAUGAGCUGAGCAAGAUGACCGCCUUCAACUUGGGUGUCAUGUUUGCUCCACAUAUUCUCUGGCCAAGAUAUUUCACAACAGAUGAUGUUCGAGACCAAAACUUUGUGAACAUGCUCAACUGUGCUGUGGAAUUUAUGAUCACAAACUGCAAGCAGAUAUUUAAGGUUCCUGCUCAUAUCAAAAUACGCUGCGAAAAGUUUGUAAAAAGCGGUGGAAAGGAAUCAGCCAUUGAAGACUGCUCAGAAGACAAGGUGUGGGAAGAAACGAAGGCUAGCGAUGAAGCAGACAGCGGGCUUGUAAUCAGUGGCCCACAGCCGGCUACAGUGCAGGUCAAGAAUGAACUGAACAACACUGGUGAUGCCUUAUCUCAACUCUACAGUGACGUCCAAUCAAUGCCACCCAGUGCUAAGAAACGCAAGCUUAUGAAACAGUUUAUGAAGAAUAGUCAUAUGCCCGGAACUCCGACUAGAAUACGAACAGAUGCUGAUAGUUAUGCAAGAGAAAGGCAACGGAAGCAUGGAAGAAGUCGGUCCUUAGGGGAAAUUAUUGUUAAGAAUAUGGAAAAUCGUUUUAUAAGUAAGAAGAAAAGGCAAGCUCCAGCACCCCCGGAAAAUGAUGCUGAGGUUCGAAAGCAUUUCCAUGCGGAACGACAAGUUAUGCAUGAAUUGAAGUCGCAACUUUUUAAUCUAACGCCGGAGAGCUCGACACCUACACGGACAAUUAAAAUAACACGUACAAUAUAUCAAGAUAUGUCGGAUGCUAAACAAAGGACAACAAGAACCUCAUCAAGUCCACUAUCCAGUCAGCAUCAAUCAGAGGCCAACAAAAAUACCAGCAAAGACUCUCCACGGACGAGACGGUCUCGGGCCAUCCAGGCACGAAAGGAGGCAAGAAACAGACCCCAGCCUGUCACAAGGAUGAAAAGUGAUCACACAUCUUCUAGUAGGCCAGUACCUGCACCACGUACAUCAGUUAAUAGCCCGAUGAAACGGCAGCAUGAUGAAGGGAGAGCUAUUAGUAAGGGUGGAGAAAGUGGACGGUUGUACAUGACAAGACAAAUGAGUACUAACAGUAGAAGAGUUGCUGAGGUAUGAGUCAGAUGAUCAAGUUUCUCUGUUGUCAAGACAACUGCAAUACUGUAUUAGCAGCCACAGAUGAGUUAAUACAGAUGUUAACAGAUGCUUCUUGAUAGGCUAUUACAAACUUUUAUAGUGACAUCCAAAUGAUGGAGAGGACCACCACUGAGGAAUUCAUUGUACAGUACUUUGAUCUCCCAGUCAUUUUUUUAUAUCAUUAUAUCCUAUGACAUCACUGUGAUGGCAUUUGAUGACAUCAUUGAUUUGCAGAAGCAUUAUUGCGAUCAAAGGUUAAGUUGACUGUGAUGAUCACCAAUGUAUAUCAUGAACAUAUCCAGUCAAUUAUUCAAAAAAAUCUGUUUUAUACUGAAAAAAGUUUCAGGUUUUAUGUAGUUUUAUAUUUUUAUUUAAAAGGUUAACAAAUAACUGGCUUACUGGGAAUAAUAUAAUGGUUGAAAAUAAAUCUUUGAAAUACAUUUGGAAGAGUGAUGUUUCCAAAUAGUACAUAAAACAACUACAUACUGCACCAGGGCAAGCAGUACAGAAAUUAAAUGUUUACCCAUGCUUGAAGCAUUUAUCCUACAGUAUAUCGAUAAGGGAACAACGUUUUAAUACUGUUAGUAGUAUGGGAAUGGAAGUUUAUGACUAUUUAUUUUAUUGAUUUUAAAAUAUUUACCAUGCUAAUUUUACUGUGCAAACUAAUUUUCAUCUUAGUAUGUAUUGUAAAUAGAAAUUUUCAAAGUUUUUAUGUUAAUAUUAAUUCUAAGUGUAUUAUGUUGAUUUUAAUUAUAGCUAGUUCUUGUUAUAAACUUUUAAUUAUAAAGUUAUUUUAUGACACAAGUAAUUGAUUUUAUUUUGGUAUUUUACUUUAAAUUUUAAAAUGUUUAUUAUAUUUGAAAGAACAUGAUUUGUUGGGAGAAUGGGCAACCUAUACAACAUAAUACAUUAUAUAGUGAUCAUAAGAUCAGUAUGUUUAACCAUAUUUAUUUCUAUGUGGUCUUUAUUAUUAGCUAAAUAUUUGAUAUACAGUAGAUUGCCUAAUGUGUGAUUUAUUUUGAUACAACCAAAGUCAUGUACAUUGUAAAAAUACAGAUUAGUCUAUGUACUUGCAAGUUUUAAACACUAGUUCUUGGGUAAAUACUCUACUGUAAUAUUAUUAAUCUGCUGGCCACUACCAUUCAGUAAUUCACAUAACAAAAAAGGCAAGUAGGAUAGGUUAAGUUGGUGGGAAAGUAUACUGUACAUUAGUCUAUGGGUAAAGUACUUAGUAUAUACACAGAACUGUAUUUUUAGAUUCUUCUAGUGAUCAUUGUUGUAGCUAUUGUUGAUAAAGCAUUCUUUUGAACAGCUCAUGCUAUAUGUAAAUAAAUUACAUGAAUAACCUA